CGGCGCGCUAGCCGAGGAGGGCUGACGUUGGACAACAAAAAUGGCGGCGGCGGGAGGGAGCAGCUGCAGCAGCAACUACUGGGAGGAUCUGCGAAAGCAGGCCCGGCAGCUCGAGAAUGAGCUGGAUCUGAAACUUGUGUCCUUCAGCAAACUAUGCACCAGUUACAGCCACAGCAAUUCUCGAGAAGGAAGAGCUGACAGAUAUAGCUCUGAUACAACUCCUCUCCUGAAUGGAUCAAGCCAAGACCGAAUGUUUGAAACAAUGGCUGUGGAAAUUGAACAGCUCCUGGGGAAGCUCACAGGGAUAAAUGACAAAAUGGCUGAAUAUACCAACAGUGCAGGAGUGCCGUCCCUGAACGCAGCUCUGAUGCAUACUUUGCAACGGCACAGAGACAUCUUGCAGGACUACACGCAUGAAUUCCAUAAAACCAAAGCAAAUUUCCUGGCAGUACGGGAAAGAGAGAAUCUUUUGGGGUCGGUCCGGAAAGAUAUCGAAUCAUACAAAAGCGGGAGUGGUGUGAACAACCGGCGAACGGAGCUGUUCCUGAAGGAGCAUGAACACCUUCGGAACUCCGACCGGCUGAUAGAAGAGACAAUAAGCAUUGCAAUGGCAACAAAAGAAAACAUGACCUCACAGCGAGGGAUGCUGAAGUCCAUACAAAGCAAAAUGAACACCUUUGCCAAUCGUUUCCCAGCUCUGAACAGCUUGAUUCAGCGGAUCAACCUACGCAAGCGGCGAGACUCUCUCAUCCUGGGCGGCGUCAUCGGCAUUUGCACCAUCUUAUUGCUCCUGUAUGCGUUCCAUUGACGGACACUUUCUGUAGAGACUUCUGCGUCUGGGUUCUGCGUCCCGGUCCAGGAGGCACGGGCAGGCAAAGACGGGGGGGGGGCAGCUCUCUCUCCUGCUAGGCCAAGGGGGGGUGAACUACAGCAGGUGCUCUCUCUCCCUCUCCGAUGCUGCUCGCCUGGUCCAAAGUGGCAGCAUUUGAGUUAAAACUUUGCUCUAACAUUUCUUCCCUCUCCCCAGCCCCUGUGAAAAUCUCUCUGGCUCAAGGUGAGUAAAGCUUAGCAGCAUCUUUGUGAUGUUCACAAUCACCUUUGAAAUUAAGGGGGGGGGGGAGGAUCUGCCUCGUCCAUAACGGAAACGUUUGCACACUCUUCUAAAAUCCAUGUCCAAAAAAAAGAAAGAGAAAGCCUUUGUGACCAAGCCCUUCUUGAAUAGUCCAUCCAUUCAGGUGGCUUUAAUCCAGUGGUCUGGUUUAUUAGAAAUAUGCAACUUAUUUAUUUCCUGGUCUGCUAGUAACUUAUACAUUGUUUUGAAGUGCUUCAAAUUUUUGCCACCGCCUCAGAUUUCCCAAGGGGAAUCAGAUUGCUUUGUUUACUGUCCUCAAAACUCUAAACUGUACUUCCGGGGAAAAAAAAUGGAAAGGAGUUGUUGGUCACCUUAAUGGGGAAGAUCUUCGAAAGAGGGGGUAGGAAUGAAAUGUAGACUUCCACAACCACACACAUUUUGGGGAGCUGUGAGAGGAGUGCCAUUUGUAGAUCACAUUUCCACAGGGUUGAGAGUGACCAAAGUGUCUCAGAUCACGUUUCAGCUUUGGCCAGUCCGUCAGACUUCGUGCAAGACCUGAUUUGUUUAAAGAUUGUUUUUAUUUAGAUGAAAGCUACUCUGAGCUUUAUUUUUAAAUGUAAAAAAAAAUGCACUGGAUAAAGGGAAGGUAGAGGAGGUGCAAGUGUGGAUGCCUUGUAUGUGUCAGCCCUUCAUACGGGCCCUGGCCCUUCUGAGGAAGGUUUAAGGGGUCCCCUCUGAAAAGAGCCAGAGACACCUUUUGGAUCGGGCACUGUUCCCAAGAAAUCUUCUCAGAGGCUUUCAACUUCCCAUGUCCCUUCAUGUCACUUUUAUCUGGUAACAGUUAUUUUCUAAUUUCAGAUGUCUGAAAUCAACAAACUGUAGGCUUUCUGUGAGUGUGUGUCCCAGUCUCCUAACUGAAGGGUUCUAUUGCCUAACAGGCAGCUAAUACUCUAACUCUCGCACACGACUCCUUUUUUCAAUAUAAAAGGGGGAGGGUUAAAAUGGUUGGACAAUUCUGUCGCAAGCUCUCCCAGCUGAGCAGAUUGGGCCGUUUCUUUGCCCAUAUCUUUCCUCUUCUGGUUGAAAGAUGAGGCAGCCUUCACAGCUGUGAUUUUUUAAAAAAUCCCAUUGCCUCUGGAGGACAAAAUCCAGAGUCCCACACAGGGAAUGAAAAUAAAUACUGGAUUGGCACAUGUGUUACAGUUCACAUGGGCUCUGGAAGUGGCUGCUGGACACAUGAGCAUCCUCCAAUUCUAGAUAAAUUGAUUAAUUGUUGAUUCUCUCUGGAGUUUGUAUGGCAGUUUUCCACAGUGGGUAAUAAGAAUGAUACGGUUCAUCUCUCCUGCUGAAAAGGGAACUUUAAUCAGUUGAUUUAGGGGGGAAUGCCUGGUUUGAAAUAAACAUUGUUAGCCUUUUAAGAAAACGGGAGAAGUCAGAUGUCGUGAUAAAGGCUCUGAUCAAAUCUGUGUUUGGAGAUUUGAGUGACCCACCCCUGAGCCCUUAUUUUCUUGUAUUAUUCCCGAUUGGUGGUUCUGCCCUGCUGACUUGGGAAGGGUUUGGUUGCUUCGUGUAGCUGGCAAAGUAAUAAGUACUAUACUAAAUAAAUAAAAUGCAUUUA